GGCUCUGUUUUAACAACAACCCGGUUGCUAGGUGUUCUGCCUUGGCGUCCUGUUAUGUACCGUUGCUAAUUUAUGAGUGUUAUUGUAUAUUUAAACUGUUAUGAGCAGUUUGUGGAUUAUGGAUUACACAUACACAUGUUCUCUUGAUGGGCGUAUCGGGUUCGCAACAUACAAAACAUUAUAAAAAGAAAACAAUACCACGUCGUUUAGAUGAAUUCCAAAGAGCCAGUUCAGAUGGGCGAAACUUUGGCGAAUGAGGCAGACUUUCUGGGGAUGAUCAAGGAGUAUCUAAAGUAUGCAGAAUUCACCGACACCACUCGCAGUUUUGAAAAGGAAUGCCAAAACAAGGGCAAGCUCGUCUCGAAACCUCAAGGACAGAACCGACAGAGAGAAUCAAAGAACGUCACCAUUCAGAGAGACUUGCUUGGCUGCUUCGACGAUGGGGACCACAAGGUGUUCUUUGAGCUGUGGAAAGAACACGUACCCCCUGAGGUCAAGGAUACGGAACCCCUGGCUCUCCGUCUGGAGUUCUAUCUUCACAUUCACUUCACCAUCUACCCUCUGAAGAAUCACCCUGGCAGAGAUGACCUGGCUGAGUUUGAGGAGAGGAUCUUCCACCUGAAGCACUACCUGGAGACACGGGGGGCCGCACUGAGCCAGACCACCGAGUUCCUCCCGUACUACGCCCUGCCCUUCGUGCCAAACCCCAAAGUCCACCCCUCCUUCCGGGAACUCUUUCAGGAUUCCUGGAUACCGGAGUUGAAGGAAAAGUUGGAGAAGUUUCUUUCGGUGGCCUUGAAGGCAUCCAACCUCCCCAGGCUGCUCACCUUAUACAAGGAGGGAGGCCGGGGCACCAAAGAGGCCAUGCAGCAGAUGCAGCUCCAGCUGGCCGAGUCAGAGCGGAAGGCCAACAACGCCACGCGGUGGUUGGGCAAGAUGCACGGCGACUACCGCAACCUGAUCGGCAUCACGGCCGAGCUGGUGGACUCCCUGGAGGCCACGGCCAGUGGGAAGAUGAUCUCGGCAGAGUACAUCAAGAACAUAUGUGUGCGUCUCUUCAGCAGCCAAAUGAGUCAGAGUGUUGCACAGAGCGUUGACUUUACCAGGCCAGGCACAGGAUAUUACUCAAUGAGUCCCUAUGACGACGGCUAUGCCUCCUCGCUGCUACGGGCGUCCAUCGAACCGCAGAGGUCCCGGGAGGUGCCCCUGCUACCCUCCCUGGACUACGACCGUCUGAAGAGGGACUUGCUGGGGGGCUCUGAGCGCCUCCGCUGCCUGCUGCUCCAGGCUCUGCGCUGGAGACUGACCCGCUCACUCCCCGGGGAGCAGAGAGACACAGUGCUGCAGGCCUACAUCAGCAACGACCUGCUGGAGCGCUUCAGCACGCAACAGAGAACCGUGCUUCACUUGAUGUGGUCGAAAAACGAAAUAGUUUGCCAAUACAUGGCGCGCCUCAUCAAUGCAUUCACCUCACUUCCAGACGGGCGCAUGUACCUCUCCCACGUUCCCUCUCUGCUGAGGCUGCUGAUGGAGGUACUGCGACGCGAGGAGAGGGACUCCUUGAGCCGGGAGAACGUUCUGGUGGCUCUGCAGAAACUCAGCCUCAGGCGGAGCCAGCAGACGGCCAUGAUCGAGGACGACCUGAUUGGCUGGCUGGUGGACGAGCUCCAGGACGCGGACUGCCUGAGCGACUUCACGCUGCAGUACGCAACGGCCCUGCUGAUGAACUUGUGUCUCCGGACCAAAGGAAAGAGGAAGUGUGCAGAGAACGCCAAACAUGUUUUGAAGGUUCUGACUGAUCUCCUGGGACACGAGAAUCCUGAGAUCCGACCGUACGUGAACGGAGCGCUGUACAGCAUCCUGUCCCUCCCCAGCGUGCGGCAGGAAGCCCGAGAGAUGAGCAUGGAGGAGAUCCUGGGCUGUUACAGCAAACAGGAGAACCCCGAGCUCAACCGACAGAUCGAGUUCAUCAUCAAGCAACUAAACUCAGCUGAAGAGGAGGAAUCCCAGUCAGAUGACGAAGAGGAGGACGACGACAACGGCGAGGACCUGAUGGAGACGGAGCUGGACAGAGAGGAGGUUCUGCAGCCCCAGCCCCGAGAGCUGUCAGGGGAAGGGCUGCUCACCACAGAGUACCUGGGGAUCAUGACCAACAUGACCAAGGUGAAGAGGCGCACGGCCCCCCACUAUCGUCAGAGCGCCGAUGAGCCCCUACAGCGGCCGGUGACCCCCAGCUCCCACCGCAACGGGACCCCAAUGGACUACCGAGCCUGCAGUGAGGGCGCGGACCCCAGGCAGAGGGGAGAGGACAUCCCGUCCCCCUCCCGGUACACCGAGCGACCCCCGACGCGCUCGGGAAGCAGACCCAGCACCUCGGACUCCCUGCACCUCAGCAUCGAUUCGGAGUGCGGGCGGCUGUCGAGGGACCUGGGUACGGACGGACCGAUGGACGACGGACACACAGACCGAACGGGUUCCCUCGGAGAACAGAACGGCUCUGCCAGCAGCAGCAGCCACCACCCCACCGGGUUCAACAGCCGACCCAAGAUCCCCCGGACCCCUGACUCCGAGGGGGGGGCGAGCCCGCGGAGCUCCCAGCAGGGCCGCCUGGCCCCCCAGUUCUCCCAUUCGGGGCCCCAGCCGAGCAGCCGGCCCGGGUCGGGCAGUGACCGAGGGGCCCCCCAUUCACAGAGGAAGUGAGGGAGAAGCAGGAGAGGAGAAGAGGAGGAGGAGGAGGAGGAGGAGGAGGGCCGAUCUGUCAGCGGGGAGCGGCCCCUAUCUCCCGGGUCGACCUCCCGCUUCCUGUAACCCCAUCUCCCCCCGGGCCGGCAAGGGGGGGCCGAGGCUGGGAGACGCUCGGAGAAGAAUAGAGGAGCAGCAGAAGGAGGAGGAGGAGGUGGAGGUGGAGGAGGAGGAGGAGAGCAGGGAAGAUGAGUGGAAAACAAUGAAUGGGAUUGUGGCUCCGGCGAGCCUCCCUCUUUCAACCUCGCCACCGAGUUCCUCUGUAAUGCUACACCCCGUUGGGCUUAAGCGCAGUAACAAGACGGCUCACCUCCACCAGCCACCACCUCCACCCCCCAACUCUCACCUUGCCCAGGUUUCGAUCCUCCACCUCCACCUCGACACCUCCUACCAUCAUGUUUUGUACUGCGCCGUUAGAUAUUUAUAUAGUUUCCUGAAAGGUGAGCCUUGUAGGUUGAAAUCGUGUUGUUUUUUUGUUUUGUCUUUUAUCAACAAUGCCAGCUUUUGGGGUCUCUGCCCCACAUGAGGGAAUUACCCCGCACUUAUUAGUGAAGUGAUAAAUGCAUGCCCCCUGGGCCCAUUCAUAAAUCGGCCGUGGCUUCCUGCCUCGUCUCCCUGGCUUUGUGUUCCAGGUGGCGAUGGGACAUGGGCAGAUAUAAUUAUGGGGUUGGAACCAUAUUUCUGUGCGGGGUCCCGAUCCAACAUCCAGCUCGAAGCACUGCAGGCCUCAUUACGAGCAACGGAACAUUCUGCCAUUUUCACAUGAAUGCGUUCAUGCACGUCUCGAUGGGAGCUUCAUCUGCUGUUUGUUGGUGUGUGUGUGUGUGUGUCGUUUUUCUCUACUUUAGCUUCCAUGCUAUUUUAAUAUUAUCAUAACCGCAACGUACCGAGUGAAAUGUGUGUGGGUUUGGCUUUCACGUCUUGUUUUGAAUAUCUGAGUCUGUAUUCAUUGUUAUGUGUUUUAUGUAUUAUAGUCUGCCAUUUACAUAGCCGCCUGCCAUUCCUGAGAUAAGAAGUGUGUGUUUGUGUGUGUGCGUGCGUGUGUUUGCUUUAAACAGGUCUCCAGGUCAAAGGAUCUAUGUUGUACAUUAUAUCUAACUUGAGGAUUUCCUGAUUUGAGGCGAUGUCCGCCAUCCGUCCCUUGAAACCGUCCUCCUGCUGGGAAGUCUUGUGUUUGUCAUUCAUAACAAUCACAGUUCACAAUCCGACCAGAAGCUGCAGCUACAGCAACUAAUCGAAAUUAAUUAACUAUGGUAUGAAUUCUUUGAAUACAAAAUGAAUCAAAUGUGUGCAUAGACAGACCGAUAGAAGGUUAGUUGUGCUAUUGCUGACACUAAACUCAGGCUUGAAACAAAUACACAAAAGAGAUCCCAAAGGGAAAGUUGCAGAGUAGCAGAGUGUCCGACUUUAUUUUCAGGAAAGGGUCUUUGUAGACCACGCUUAUCAUUGAAGCCAAGUCACGCGCAUUGGCUGCGAAACGCUUUGCCAGUAAACAGCUCAGUUUGUUUCUCUUAAGACUGAUGGGAAGGUCCGUCCCAAUGGUCCCUGGUGGUCUGUAAAUCAAGCCACAAACCAUUUAAACAUGGAUGCCAUCGGUUGCUAUGCAACCCUGCCCAGCUGCUGUGACUGGGGUCAUCGGAGACAAACUAUUGGCUGUUGUACAAGAUUUCAUUCCCCUCUAAAUCAUAAGUUGAAUUUAUGAAAUAGAUCAUGACAUUCUCUCCUUAAAACAGCUUUUUUAUAAGUAUCAUGCGUGAGAAUUGUUUACAUGUAUGAAGUAUGUUUGAAAUCCUUUUUGUCAAGCUAGACUCCAGAUUGUGAUGUAGAAACACAGGUCAUUACAUGUGAAUUUGGUACAGAAACUUUAACCCUAAAUCAUGUCUUCAUAAUCAGCAGCACAUUUGCACAUGCCUUGUUGAUUGUUAAUGCUGUCUUAUUGUGUGUGUUGCUGCCUCCGAGUGAUGUUGUACUUUGAGUCAAAUGAAUUACAAAAUAAAAGUGAGAUUUUACAUUGUCAGGAAUUGAAUAACAAAAUGAAAGUCAAUGUGAUUUGACCUUGUUGUAAAUAAACUACAAAAGAACUUAAUAAAAGUCAAUGGGAUUUUAUGUUUAAAUGUAUAAAUCAACAAUAAAAAAUAUUUUCAUGAAUAUAA